AUGACGGAAGACGUAGUUUAUGGAUUAUGGGGUUCGAAGGAGCACGAAUGGUCGGUGAGAAAUUCUGAAGGAAGAUCAGGGGGAAUUCUCACAGUAUGGAGGAAGGAGGUCAUUCAACCGGUGUUCUCUUUUUCAAGCCAAGGAUUUCUGGGAAUCAAAUCUUUAGUUAGAGGUCAGGUUCUGUAUCUUAUCAAUAUUUAUUCCCCGUGUAUACUGGUAGAUAAAAGAAAUCUAUGGAGAGAUAUUUUAGAAUGGAAACAGAAAUUAGAAAAAGGAGAAUGGGUGAUAGCGGGAGACUUCAAUUCCGUAAAAAAUAAAGAGGAGAGGCGGGGAAAGGAGAACUCUAAGAGAGGUACUGAAAUGGUGGAGUUUGGGGAGUUUUUAGACAAGCUGGAAUUAGUUGAUGUCCAGGCUCUAGGUAAUAUGUUCACUUGGAUCAAACCUAAUGGAAAGGCGGGUAGUAGAUUGGAUCGUAUUCUGCUGAGCGAAGAAUUGAUUCACAAAUGGGGUGUGGUGGCGCAAGUAGUGGGAAACAGAGACAUUUCUGACCAUAAACUGGUGUGGUUGAAAGCAAGUAGGUUAGACUGGGGACCUAAAGCUUUUAAGGUUAAUCGGAGCUGGUUUGAGCACAAAGAUUUCAUAUCCUUUGUUAAGAAAUAA